UGCACAAGUUCAAGUCGUUAUCCAAAACAUCAAAUCCAAAUCAAUCCAUCACCAUGAAGUACACAAUUGCCAUCGUUUUCGCCUGUCUUUUGGCCGUCGUCUUGGCUGCUCCUGCUGACAAUACUGCCGAGAUUUUGCGUUUGGAAUCGGAUGUACAACCCGAAGGAUAUAAAUUUGCUUUGGAAACUAGCGACGGCAAGACCCAUCAGGAGGAAGGUCAAUUGAAGGACAUCGGUACCGAACACGAGGCAAUUGUCGUCCGUGGCUCAUACUCCUUUGUGGCCGAUGAUGGACAGACCUACACCGUCAACUAUGUUGCUGAUGAGAACGGUUUCCAACCUGAGGGUGCUCAUUUGCCCAAUGUGCCAAUUGCCAACUAAAGAAAACAAAAA